AUGACCCGAAUUAGAGAGACAGGUGCAUCGCUGUCAUCCACGACCAACGAUGGCACCUAUCAUGGUACAACCUCAUCCAAGAGAAAUACAUUGGAUUUAAGAGGUGUCAUUGGAAAAUUCAAAACAAAUCCAUCUUCUUCAUCCUCUUCACAUCAACACAAUGGAAACUCUGUACUCAACCAAAUCAUUGCCGAUGAACAAAAUUUUCAUUUACAUCCAAUUACAGAGCAAGAAGGAACUUCUUCGGAAGGGGUGAAUGAUUUGAGUUUUCCUGUUCCUCCAGGUCGAUUCAAAGUUCAAAUUUCCAACACAACAGCCAUGGGUUUAAAACUCUUUUCGUCGGUUAUAUUGCGAGCAGAUGUAUCGUGUCAGUCAUCGGGAUCUUCCAUCAUGUCCAAAGAUGAUGAUCAAUUAUGUAAUUCAGAUAAUAUUGAAAAAGGAGGUUCAUGGAGUACAUUAAUUUCUACUCCAAUGGACUCUCAACAAUCCAUCAUUCGAGUUACAUUGUUUUGUGAGCCACCCGAUUCCAAGUGCAGUUACAAAAUUACCAUUCAUCAAAUAUUUAAUGUUCUUCAUACGAAAGGCUUUGAACUCGGAAAGGGAGAAGAAAAUGAUUAUAAUUUUGAAUUGCCAAUGGGACAAUAUCAUAUUCUUGUUCAUUCGGUGAAUCAAAUUCCUUUUCAUUGUACUUACAAAUUUGCAAAUUCAACCAGUCAUUCAGAAAAAGAUAUUACGGAAUUGAAAAUAUUACCACAACCUAUUGUGGCAAUUAUUGAGGAAGAUACAGAUCAAACCAAUCUCACACAACCAUUGAAUGUGAAAGUUUCUGCUUUCAGUAACAAACCAGUGAAGGGAAGAUUAUUAAUUUUGCAAUCAAUUGGAGCUAUGGAACUCAAAAGAAUGCUCGAUAGUGAACAACGUGUCACAAUUAAUGAAUACAAAUCUCUCAUUGAUGACUGUUAUACAGAUAAGAAUGUAGAAUCUCUUACAGAUUUAGAGACCAUGCUCGGCGAUUUAUUAGAGAAAAAAGGUCUUCGCUAUCAACCAAUUCAUUCCUAUGUUCAAGCAAUGAAAAAACAUUUAAUCGAAUCUCAAGAGCUUGAAAAAGAAGUCAAAGAACUUGUGAUGAAUAAGAGCUUGAAAUCAUCUCAACUCGAUCAAAUGCAAUCACAAUUCAGAAAAUUACGUCAUUUAGUGGAAAAACACAAAUUAGAUACAAAAAUUAUUAUUAAUCUUUCAGAGGAAGAAAAAAAGGUCACACACUACAAAGAAAUUCUGAAAAGGAUUAAAGAUUACACAAGUCGUCUGAAAGAAUAUGUGAAUCAAUAUGAUACGUCCACACUCGAAGCACUGUUACAUGAUAUUUCAGAAGACACAUAUUUACAAGAUGAAUGUUGUGCGAGUAUGGUUCAUUCCAUGAUUGAAGAACCUGAAUCCAUUUUGAAAAAACUUAAAAUUAUUGAUUCUGUAAAAGAAGAUAUUGAAAAGUACAUGAUGGAUGAAGAUCUUUCACAACUAGAGAAGAUCAAGAAACAAAUUGAUACAACCUAUGAUUCCUAUGAACGUAAAUAUAUAGAAAAAGAAUAUACUCGGUUGGAUGAAUCAAUCAAAAAGAUCAAAACACGUUUACAUGCUGAGAAAAAGUUAAGAGAAGCAAUUCUCACCAAGCAAACACAUAGAAUAGGUUCAGAUAUCAAAGCAUUUGAACCAUACCUGAAAGGUACACAAAUCUUGCGAGAUGCAAAAAGAAUCAUGGAAGAUCUACUCGAUAAUGGAGAUGCAGAUAUUUCCAAAUAUGUCAAUCAACAAGAAACCACUGUGCAGAACAGUGAAGAUUUAAAUCCGAUCACUCGAAUGAAUGAGACCACAAGUGUCCAAUCAGUGCCAUUAGUAUCAACACCAUCAGUCAUUACCAAAACUGUAUCACACCAAGAUCCUUUGAAAUUACCUCUCGAUCCUAUGAAAGAGACCGAUGUACUUUCAAAAUUACUUCUCGAAGAUGAUGAUUUAAGUGCGAGGGACCCAACAACCUCAAAAAGCUCACUAACGAAUCCAUCAUCAUCCAAUCCAAAGAAUACCUCAAUAGAGUCCUCUCUCAAUUCUAUGGACAAGAAAAAAGACAACCUUUUAGAUUCCAUUCUUGCUGAGGAAUAUGAUGAUGAUUAUGAAGAGCAAACUACUACGACACCCAUCGUGGCAUCUUCUCCUUCAGCCCAAAUUAGUAAUUCUUCAAUCUUUAACAACACAUCAUCCAACAACAAUGAACCUUCAGUGAUGAUCUCGACGACUUUAUCCAAAGCUCAGACACAAAGAACGUCGACGAGCUCACCCACACGAACCAUUCCUAAAACCUCAAGCAAAAUUUCCAUACCAAAACGUAAGACCAAAAAAGCAACAACACCUACAACCACUUCGACCACUAGUAUGAAUGUACAUCCAAACACUUCCAAUAGUAGUAGUAGUAGUAGUAGUGGUAGUGAUAAAUCCAUUGUUUCCACACCACAAUCACCAUUUUCACCUCCUCAGGAGCAAGUGGUGAAUCUUAACAAAUCUUCACUCACCAUGACGACUCGUCAAACUCAUAACAAAGAAGAAGAAGAACUCUCAGAUAGUGACAUUGAAAACAUUUCUGAUGAUGAGGAUGAUCCAACUCCACUUUCAAAACCAGUAUCAGUUUCUCAAAUCAUGGGAGCUAUUUAUGGAGAUGUGUUAACGGAAGAAGAAAUUAAAAAGGGUCGAAAUGAAACUCUUAGUAGUGCUCAUUCAGGAGUGGACAUUGAAAGAGCACCUACAAGUGGUGGUCAAGAAGCGAAACAACAUUCGUAUGAUAACACGACAAGUAGCUCACAACAGCAACCUCCAUAUAAUUGUAACUCGGCAACUAGUAGUGAAAUUACUACUACUGCCACUGCCACUACAAAUGUGGUACAACCUAUUAACCACAUGACCUCAGCUUUGAAUAAUAACAAUCACAUACAAUCCAGUAGUACUGGCACAACCGUGCAUACCAAUCAUCAGAGAUCAUCUUCCAAUGUCAUUGUGUUAAAACCAAAUAAGCAGAAAGUGUGUGCUCCUUCCUCUUCUUUAACAGCACACUGGGAAACAGAGUUAAAACAGAAAGAAUCUGUAUUGUUAGAAAGAUUUCAAAGUAUGGUAUCUAAACCCAUUCACAACGUGCCAGAUAUCAACAACAAAGAUGUUGUCAAAUUAAUUGCCAAACAACACAAAAUAUCUGAACAUCCAUUACUGAACCAAUUGCACCAUGAAAUUUUGAUAUUAAUUAACAGCAAUGGUGGUGAUAUGCAAAAUAAUGGAGUGAUCACAAUAACCAAAUUUGAUUAUCAUGUUGAACAUGAUAUUGUAUAUAGCCCUGUCGUUGCAUCAGGUAGAACUCUCUCACAACAUACUGCACAACAUUAUGACAACUUUAUUAAGACUCUCACAAAUGUUUGCUUAAAUAGAGCAAAGAAGAAAUAUUUUGGAAUGUCAGAAAGAACAUUCUAUAACAUCCUUCAUGACUGUGUUUGUGAUGAAAAUGCCAAUAUUCAAGCGAUUAAUGAUCCCAAUUUGAGAUAUAUGAAUGUUCACAGAAUUCAUUUACUUUUAGAAUAUUUUAAUUCGAAAAAGUUUGCACAAAAAUACCAACAACAAUAUCAACAAACGAAAGAUGUCACUCUCAUGGAGUUCUUAUUGGACAUUGGUGAACUAGUAGAUAUAUUCAACUACUUGUGUAAAUAUUGUAGCAAUUACUUGAAGUCAAUCUUUGAACCUACAUCGAUACUUGUAGACAGUACGCACAGAGACGAAUUUCUUUCGAUUGUAGAAUUACUUUGCCAAAUGAGCUUUAAACUAGGAUAUUCAUCCAAGUCCAGGGAUGUGUACAAUAUCAACACAUAUAUUUUGGGAAGCGUCGAAAAAGUUCAGCAUUUCAUCAAAGUGGCAAGUGAAAUUUCGAAGUUUGUAGAUUCUAAAAAGGUAUUGAUGAUUGAAGACAGAGUCUAUUUAGCUAAAUUUGCUCGAGGUAGUAUUUGUCCUGCACUAGAAAACUUUUUCAAACAAGGCAUCAAAUUUCAAUCAGUCAUGAAAGGAUACUAUCACAUUUGGAAUGUCAUUUUGGAGCUAUAUUAUUACUUACAAUUUCAAUUACCAGAUUUUGUGAAGUAUCGGCUCAACCAAGCAAUAGAAGAACAGCGAGCGAACAUGGAUUUGCCUUGCACUCAAUCAUCACAAGUUGUACAGCUUCAUUCGUUUAUUAUUCAAGAACCACCAGAUCCUUAA